AUGGGUGUCUCAUUGCUUCCCAAAAAUCCUAGUUUUUGUUUUCCUUUAAAAAAAAAAAAAUGGGACUUGCCCAGGGGAGGGGAAUCUCUAGCAGCCGGAUGGAUCAUAGGCACCGGGCCAGCUGAUGACAUAGCCUUUCCCCAAACCCCACAGUCGGCUCUCAGCUGUCUCUUUCCCUUUUUGGUGGGACAGAGCCCCAGGAGGGGUAGGAAGUCAGGGAAAGGGCCUGGUCAACACGCACAGAAAGGCCACGGUCCCGGGAGAAUUCUCGCUCCCAUUCUCUCAUCUGGCAUGGCCUCCCUUUUCUCAGGGCUCCCUCAUGAGCUGCCCUCUGCCCCUAGAGGCUGCUUUCCAGAGCUGAGGCAACUGAGAGAACUGCCCAGGGAAAGGCAGUGGGCAACAGCUAAGAAUUCCCUGCCUCUGCCACUUUCCUGGUCCCUCGGCCCCACCCUGCUGCACUGCUGGUGGGCUCUCAGGGACCCUGGUGCGGGGAGGGGGAGAGAUUUGGGGAAGGCCUCUUUCCAGGCUCAGAGCGGGAGGGAUGUGCAAACUCAGCGGGUGGCCCAGCGGGAGCUGGGUUUGGAGGCACAAGGAGAGAACAGAACCGGCCUCCAAGGUUGCAAAAACGCUUUGUCUGUUCCAUACCGGACUGGGAUCAGACUCCUGGAGGUACUACAUCUCUACGCCGCCCGCCGUAGCCAGGGGCCAGGACUAAGGCGGGGUCGGAAAGACGGGAGGGAAAAAGGGCUGACCCCCAGGAAAGUGGGGUGUGAGGCAUCUCUCAGGUCGCUUCCUGGGUCUGUCAUUCUGCAGCUUCUGGAAGCCUGGCAGACAUCAGGGUCACCCACAGGGGGCCUCCCCGCCUCUUGGCCGAGGUGGCUCCUACACACCCAGCAGCCCACUCCAGUGCUGGUGGCCUUGGCGUCCUCCUCGUUUUUCAUUUGGGUUUGGCGGGAGCUCUCGGGCCCGCCCAGCCCCGCUUGGGCCCCCUCUUCCCUAACCCACUCAGGCCGUCUGGAAACGAGCUGGCUUUCCCCGCUCCGAGUCUCUUGGCAAAGCCUGGGGCUGCCCCGGGAGGGCCGGGCUCAGAAGCCGCCAUCGGGAGCGGGGCUCGGGCAGGGGGCGGCCCCGGCGGGGCGCAGGAGACCACGAGCGGCCAGGUGA